AUGCCUCAUCGAAUAGACUCUACCUAUCACUAUAUCCAGGUCACGCCGUUGGCCCCAACUUUUGCAGCGGAAGUGGAAGGAGUCGAUUUCUCGAAUCCGGUACCAUCGGAUGUCUUCCAGGAAGUUCACAAUGCCAUCACUCAGUACGGCGUACUUGUUUUUCGACAAGCAGGUCUGGAUGACGCCAGACACGUAGCCUUCUCCCGACUUUUCGGCGAGCUCGACGAUGUCAAGCCAUACGUGGCGAUGGGCCGCAAGAAUCGCUUCGAUUUUGAUGAGCUGUUCGAUGUCAGCAACCAAGAAGACGAUGGUUCCUUGGUGGCCAUUGGUAGCAAGCGUCAUCAUAUGGGCCUUGGAAACUCGAUCUUUCAUGUUGAUUCUUCCUUCAAUGCUCGUAGAGCUGGCUACUCUCUACUACGAGCGCACGAACUACCUCCACCAGGUCAUGGGGGCAACACUGACUACGCUGAUACUCGGACAGCAUGUGCAGAUCUACCACCUCACCUUCGUAAAGACCUUGAGGAAAACGAAUAUAUUGGUGCACAUAGCUUGAUGCACUCGCGGAAGAAAGCUGCGCCAGCAGACUCGCCGUGGCUGCGUGAGGUCGAUCCGAACAGCCUCCCUUUUGGUAGGCACAGCAUUCUGCAAGUGCACGAGGCGUCAGGACGUCAAAACCUGUAUAUUGCGAACCAUCUGCAUCAUCUGGAGUAUCGUGUUCCAAGAUCACCUAAUUUCGUCCCGUCCCAAGAGCAACCCUUUGAACGAGUGCCAGAACCACAUUCAAGGGAACUAAUCGAAGCACUCUUGGAGCAUGCGACGCAGGCUAAAUAUCUGAUAUCCAUUCAGUGGCACAGUCCAGGUGAUUUAAUAGCUUGGGACAAUACCUGUGUCAUGCACCGAGCUGGAGAAGGGACGUUCAUGGGUAAGCACAAGAGAGAUAUGCGGAGAACGACCGUGCAUGAUAGCAGCAGUACAUGCUUCGGUUUGAAUGAGCGGACCACGAAAAGACAAGGCCUGCCAUGA